AUGCUGCGACUAAGUAGAGCCAUACCGCGCUCCACUAGCCGCAUCCUAUCCCGCCAUGUGUCGCGUCGUUCUUUUGCCUCGGUAGACGGAGUCAGCAAGGACCCUGCCGACCUCGACCAAAUCACCACCCUUGGAAAUGGAGUCCGUGUCGCUAGCGAAGCCGUCCCUGGUGCCUUUUCAGGAAUCGGUGUCUACGUCGAUGCCGGUUCCCGAUACGAAAGCGAUGCCUUGCGCGGCGUCUCACACAUCAUCGACCGUCUGGCCUUCAAGUCUUCAUCACGGCGAAGCGCCGAUAGUAUGCUCGAAGAGAUUGAGUCACUAGGUGGAAACAUCCAAUGCGCUUCAUCCCGCGAGUCCCUCAUGUACCAGGCCGCCACUUUCAACAGUGCUGUCCCUACCGCUACCGCCCUACUCGCCGAGACCAUCCGCGACCCUUUGAUCACCGACGAGGAGGUUGGACGUCAACUCGAGACUGCCGAGUAUGAGAUUGGAGAAAUCUGGAGCAAGCCCGAUUUGAUUCUACCCGAAUUGGUCCACAUGGCUGCUUACAAGGACAAUACUCUUGGAAACCCUCUGCUAUGUCCCGCCGAUCGUUUGGGAAGUAUCGACAAGCGUACAGUUGACGCCUACCGCCGUGCCUUUUUCCGUCCGGAAAGACUGGUUGUUGCUUUUGCUGGAGUCGAGCAUCAGGAAGCCGUCAAGUUGGCAGAGCAGUACUUUGGUGACAUGAAGGCCGAGAAGCUCGCCAGCUCAGAGACAUCUUCUCAAAGACCUGUGCAACAUGCCCAACAGAAGUCGACUCUAACUUCCAAAAUUCCCUUCUUCAAGAACCUGUCCACCUCCGCCUCACAAUCUGCUACCGUCUCACCACUCGACCCCUCGCAAAUCAUCCCUCACCCUCUUGACGUCCCCGUGGACACCUCAUCACCGGCCCGCUACACCGGUGGCUUCCUCACAUUACCGAAUCUCCCUAUUCCUCCCAGCCCUGCUCUUCCUCGUCUCUCUUACAUCCAUCUUGCCUUUGAGUCGCUUCCCAUCAACUCCGACUCCAUCUACGCUCUGGCAACUUUGCAGACUCUCCUUGGUGGUGGUGGUUCCUUCUCUGCUGGAGGACCUGGCAAGGGCAUGUACAGCCGUCUAUACACCAACGUCUUGAACCAGCACGGUUGGGUCGAGAAUUGCGUCGCCUUCAACCACGCCUACACCGACAGUGGUAUCUUCGGUAUCAGCGCCGCAUGUGCCACUCCCUAUGUCAACCAUAUGCUCCAGGUCAUGUGCUUGCAACUUGCCAAUCUAGGCAAGGAGACCGGCAUUGGUCGUUUGACCGAAGGUGAAGUCAAGCGUGCCAAGAACCAACUCAAGAGCAGUCUACUCAUGAACCUCGAGAGCCGUAUGGUGGAGCUCGAGGACCUCGGUCGUCAAGUCCAAGUCCACGGACGCAAAGUUCCUGUCAAGGACAUGAUUGCCCGCAUCGACAAAGUCUCUAUCCCUGAGCUUCGUCAUGUCGCUCGCCAGGUCUUUGGCGGUAUGGUCAAGAACCCUGGCGGUGGCAGCGGCGCCCCUACUGUUGUCAUCCAACAAGGCGAGGAAGAGGGUGUUCAGAUUCAAGAGCUCAAGUGGGAUGCCAUCCAGAGCACCAUCCAAAAGUACGGUCUUGGUCGCCAGCAAUAGGACGACUGAGCUCCAGAAAUGACUUUUCCUGGUGUUCUUUCGUUUACGGUUCACUCGCCCUUUCUCCCUUCACUACUGUACAAUAUUCCCACCUCUUCAAUAUUCACCAUGCGUAACUUGUAGACAUACAACUCAAAAUUCAAUACCCUCAUUACGAUCAGAG